GAAUGCUUGAGGCAUAUGCUGAUAUUGAAUCUUGUUACCUUGCGUCUGACCCUCUAUGAUGGCGAGUCGUGGGCCCACUACCCGCCCCAGAAGAGCCGGAGCUGCUUCGAACCAUUCGCGGCGGCAGCGAGAAGACCAAGAUCAUGAGAUUCCAGAGAUCUACCAGGAGAUGUUGGCGGAGGCUGAAGCUAGAGAGUCCUCCAGGCCAGAUGAUACCCGACUACCCAAAAGAAGGAGGCUUACCCGCCCCAAUCCCGUAUCCGCACCAUGGCCUUUACAUCAAAAUGGUGCUAGUACUCCAGAUGCCAGCUAUUCUACAGAACAACCUGUCCAAACGGUGUAUGAUUCGCCAUCAUCAUCCGAAGAAUCAGGUAUGGAAUGGGAAGAAGUUGAUAUUCAGCAAGCUCCACAUACAAUUCAUGCGGACGAUACCUCGAUUCAGGUCACCCUGGGUCUGCCCGAGGAUCAGAAGCGCAAGGUAGUUACCAAGCGAAGGGGGAUCACCGCUGCCGAAAAGCAGUUGCGAUUAAGCAUCCAUAAAGUUCAUCUACUUUGCCUCCUACGCCAUGUGCAGAUACGCAAUCUCUGGUGCAACGAUGAGGAAUUACAGGAAUCCAUAAUAAGUGAUGCCGAGGUCUUCCUCUCGAGGAAGGAUUUUGUGAAACAAGCACGAACAAUGCAAGGUUCUCGUGAUUUUGGCGCCCAGUUAUUCUGUGCUUUGUUACGGUCCGUGGGCGUCGAAGCAAGACUCGUCUGCUCAUUGCAGCCAUUACCAUUUCGAGAUAAAACCAAGGAUGCGGCACCACCUGCUCCGGUGUCUGAAUCUUCAGAAAGGUUUACCCAACCAACUGCUGAGGAAUCGCAAACGUCACAACGGUCCACUGUGAAAAGAUUAGCCCGGCCACGCUUCACACCAGCCAGACGCCCCGGGACUCCUUCUCAAAGUUCCCCCCGGCCCAUCCGUGAAUCAUCACACCCGGUAUUCUGGAUUGAAGCGUUUAACGAAGCAGUAAAUAAAUGGAUACCUGUCGAUGCCUUGGUUACCAAGUCUAUGGCAAAGCCUUCUAAAUUCGAGCCUCCAGCAAACGAUCCUUACAAUCUUCUGAGCUAUGUGGUGGCAUUUGAGGAUGAUGCCUCUGUUAGAGAUGUCACCAGGCGCUAUGCGAAAGCCUUUAACGCCAAAACUCACAAACUUCGAAUUGAAUGCGUGGGGAACCAUGUUAACUGGUGGAACAGAGUGUUGCGGUUCUAUGAAAAGCCAUUUUUGGAAGACCGGGACCAACUGGAAAUUAGUGAGCUUACUUCCAAGAAAGCGGCUGAACCAAUGCCCCGGAAUAUCCAAGACUUCAAGGACCACCCGGUCUAUGCUCUUGAAAGGCACCUUCGGCGACAUGAGGUUGUCUUUCCUAAACGGAUCAUCGGGCAGGUUAGCCUGGGUAAAUCAGCGUCGAAGAAUCAGGUCUUGGAGCCCGUAUAUCGCCGAUCCGAUGUACACGCUCUACGUAGUGCAGAUCGCUGGUAUCGCCUGGGUCGCGACAUUAAGACAGGCGAGCAACCGUUGAAGCGCGUCACCUCAAGGAAGCCACAGAUGGGGAGGCUCAGUAACGAGGACGAUAACUCCGUCUCCGACACACCUCUGUACGCUUAUUAUCAGACACAAGUGUAUCAGCCCCCGCCAGUAGUUGGAGGGAGAAUACCCAAGAAUAUCUAUGGGAACCUGGAUGUCUAUGUACCCAGCAUGGUGCCUCCAGGCGGUGUGCAUAUCGCUCAUCCCGAUGCCCGUCAAGCUGCUAAAAUCCUUGCAAUUGACUAUGCAGAUGCUGUCACCGGUUUCAGCUUCAAGGGGCGCCAUGGGACCGCGAUCAUGCAGGGGAUUGUCGUUGCCACUGAGUAUCGAGAAGCACUUGAAGAAGUGCUAAACUGUCUGGAGGGAGAAAAGUUGCAGGCUGAAUUAGAUAGGAAGUCUGCUGAAACACUGCAGGCUUGGAAGCAUCUGCUGCUGAAACUGCGCAUUGCAGAGAGAGUCAAAGGCUAUGCAGUAGAAGGUGAACGUGAGGCAGGUGAGCCGGGAAGGAUCGGAAACGUGAAGGAAUCCGAGGACCCGGAAGAGUCAGGCGGCGGCUUUAUUCCGGAGUCGGAGCAAGAGAUGAACAGUCCGGCUUCUGUAAUGGACUGGAUUGGCCCCUCUCGAGAUGAAACAUCAGGACCUACAGGCACUACAGGCAGAGACAUGUCUCUUUCGGCUACAGAGACGGAUAUGCUUGGUGGAGGCUUCAUUCCUGAAGCAAGCGUGGACCAAGUGUCUUCACCUCAGCCAAAUAGUAACGUCACAGAAUUGCAAAGGAAUCGCUCGGUCCUCCCUCAAUAUGACCUGGUUGUCACUCCAAAGCUUGAAUCUGCAGGCCAGACAGCCCCGAUCCAAGACUUCAUGAGUAAUGAAUCGGGACUGUUGUCUGACAGGACGAAAGAGGACUUGGGGCAUAUCACACAGCAUAUUGCUCCUCAGAACUCCGAGGCCGCCAUCAUCAGAUCCACUACAGCAAUUUCGGGCACCACACAUCCUCAGAUCGCUGUACAAGCAGAUGAUUCCCGCUCUCCGACCCCGAGCAUCACCAGCCAAGAAACGCACAGCGACGAAGAGACCUCUUUACUAUCGCAAGACCCAGAAGAUGAUGACGCCAUCCCGGAGUGGUUGAUGUCCGAUUAA